AUGAGGGCCGAGGAGUCGCUGCUGCGGCAUGCCUACGUUUGCGACUCUGCGUACAUCCACAUCAGGCUAGCAGAGAGGCUACGGAGACACUACCACCUCAACCAGUUCAUCAGCAGCCACCAUUGUCCAGGACCAUCGACACGCCAUCGUUCAGAGAAGGACGAUGAUGAUGACGACUUCAUGCAGCCCCCAACUAGGCACCCGAGAUGGAAAACUGUAGAAGAAAAAUGCCCCUCGCACGGAUCCACCUAUGAAGACAAGCUAGUUAGCAGAGAAAUGUUGAAGUAUUUGUAUGACAGGCUAGACCCUGAUACUAUGGUAUUGGUUCUUGGUAAAGAUAGGGUUAUACAUAUCAACCCUUUUGCUGUUAAGCAAGUGUUUGGCAUUCCAGACAUUGGCGAAGAAUUAUCCCUACACACAAACCAGGAAGCAUGCAAGGCCCUGUCUGCUUUCAAGGAUUUUAUUGGUUUACAAGAAGAUGAGGAUGUGCACACCAAGUAUCUGCAAGAGAUCUGGGAGGCCGACAUUGAGUUAGACUCUAGGAUGCUUGAUGACGACAUGUGCAUUAAAAUUUUCUUCAUGAUCGCUUCUAACAAGCUGUUGUUUCCUUCCUCGGACAACAACAUCAGGGCGAAAGAUGUUUAUUUGGCUAGGAAUUUGUCUCGACUACCCACUAUGAACUGGUGCAAGGCUGUUACUGAUGAAAUCCGAGAUGCUGUACGCACGUGGCGACUUGAUAGAACAACAAAAGUUUCGCCUUCAAUUACAGGAUGCGCGAUUUUUCUGUUGAUAGUUUAUUUGGAUAACUUACGCAACAACCACCAGAUCAAUCACAAGGAUAUUCCCCGUGCCAACUUAAUUAGGGACAUCAAUGAUACGGUUUACUACAUGCCUCAUCAUUCUAUUCCAGAAAAGCCAGCAAACAUACAACCUGUGACUACUAUACAGUUCCCUAGCAUUCUUUCAGAACUAGGUGGAGUAGUAAAUGUGACGGUUGCUAAGCCAAAGAGGAAGCUGUUAGUGCAAGCUUUAGCAGAAUUUGAUAUCAAAUCGAAAAAGGCAACAACUUUUUUAAACAGGGGACAACUAAUGCUACAAGCUUCACAUGACCAGCUCGUUGCAAAGGUGCGGUCAAUUUUGGAGAACCAGAGUUGUGAGAAUAACAGCAUAGGAUAUGUCACUAACCAACACAUACACCAGGAGGCACAUGUGCCACUGCAACAGAACAGUCCCACGAAGGCAGCGGCACCACAGCCCACUGAUGCCACAGCGAAUGCCGAGUCAGAACAGGAAUUGGAUCAUGAACACUCACCGGUUCACACGGAUGUGACAAUUGGUGAUGUUGUUCCUCCAAUUCUGGAUCAGGCGACGAACAAACCAAGGAGGCACUGGACAAGCAUCACAGAUUGGCAUUGCUUACUACAAUUUUACUUGUUUGGGGAUGAGCACGUGUUCUACGACACGAUAGCACCAUUGAUGAUGAGCCCCUCCUACCUGCUACUGUUUAUCCAAAACCACAACGCCUUACAAGAUGCCCAUCCAAUCCACAUGCCUGAUGGUGGUGGCUACAGGGUGUCCCUAUCCCACCGGAUUGGGGAAUACGUCAAUAUGGAGGAUGAGGAGGAAUUCGAACAGUGGGAGUUUCAAACUGCGCUUGAAAUUCUAGAGAGUGACAUUGCUGCUGUUGACACAACUAAUGUUAAGCUAUUUUCUUUACUAAUAUCUUUUUGUGAAUUGGCGUUCUUUUUGCCAAUUAUGGAGGAGGACCACUAUAUCUGCUUAUCGCAUCAACCUUAUACAUGA